AUGGAGAAAGAGGACGGAAGAAAUCGAACCCUCAUCAUGGAAUUCAUCCUCUUAGGAUUUGGGGAUGUCUCCGGACUGGAGCCUCUUCUCAUCCUCUUGUUUCUACUCAUCUACAUUGUAACGAUUGCUGGAAACCUCCUCAUUGUUGCGUUAGUUGUCGUUGAUCAUAAUCUUCACACCCCCAUGUACUUCUUCCUGGGGAACUUGGAUUGUGUGGAGAUUUGCUACAGUUCCACCAUCCUGCCCGUCCUCCUGGCAGAGCUUCUGACUGGGGACAGGACAAUUUGUGUUCACUGCUGCCUUGCGCAAUUAUAUUCGUUUGGUAUCAUGAAAACGGGAGAAAACCUGCUGCUCACGGCCAUGUCUUACGAUCGGUAUUUAGCGAUAUGCCAUCCCCUCCGAUACGCAGCGCUGAUGAACGGACGGGUGUGUUGCCAGCUAGUGGUGGGGUGUUGGCUGUGUACUUUUCUGGUUGUUGGCACACUAAAUUAUUUCUUCUUCUCAUUAACGUUCUGUGACUCCAAAGAAAUUGACCAUUACUUCUGUGAUUUUUCACCCAUGAUGAAGCUCUCCUGUAGUGAUACCCGAACUCUACAACUCGUGACAUUAAUUAUCUCUGCUAUAGGAACGGUUGUGCCUUUGCUAUUGACAUUGGCUUCCUAUGUUUGUAUCAUCACCGCCAUCCUCAGAAUCCCGUCCUCCAUCGGGCGGCAAAAGGCCUUUUCCACCUGCUCUUCCCACCUCAUUGUGGUGUCCAUUUUAUACAUGACCCUUAUCAUUGUCUAUGUGUUUCCAUCAAUCAACACGUCCACGGUCCUUCACAAAGUGUUCUCGCUCUUCUACACAGUCCUGAAUCCCAUGAUCACCCCCAUUAUCUACAGCCUGAGGAACAAGGAGGUCAAAAAGUCCCUGACAAAAGCUAUUGUGAAAUUGAUCGCAUUCAAAAACAGGCACAGAAUCUGA